AUGGCACAGCAGAGCGGAUACUGCGGGGAAUUCGCAAUACCAAUAACCGUCGAACUUGGAUUAGGUCUCCUGGGAGCCCGCCUGAAGUCUUCAAUUGCCCGUUCACCCAUUGCUGUCAUUAUGGACCGAAGGCCACCAUUGCAAUCUACCUACCCAUGGACAAAAGCACCAGUGAUAGCACAAGCUCCUAUGCUCAACAUCGCCGGCCCAGAGCUAGCCACCGCCGUAUCCGCAGCUGGUGGGAUAGGAUUCAUUGCUGGUGGAAAUGAUGUCUCGAACCUGGAAAGCAAGUUGCAGAAAGCCAAACAGCUCGUGAAAGAGUAUCAGGCAGCGGAAAGCUCUCCCGACCAGAACCGUCUCCAGCUAUAUGACGGCCCGAACUUACCGGUCGGUGUCGGGUUCCUGAGCUGGGGAGCCGAUCUCAAGAUGGCAUUACCACUUAUCAUCCAAUAUCGUCCAUGUGCCGUGUGGCUGUUCGCGCCACCUAACAGUGCUGCAGAUCAGGUUCCUUGGGUGGAGGGGAUUCGGACCCAAACUGGCGGCAGUGUGACUAUCUGGGUACAGGUGGGAAGCGUGGAGGAUGCAAUUGACGCUUCAGUCAAGCUGCAGCCUGACGUGCUCGUCGUGCAGGGUAGUGAUGGAGGGGGUCACGGAUUGCAGCACUCUGCUAGUAUCGUGUCUUUGGUUCCAGAAAUCAUUGAUCAUCUGGAUGCCAAGCCUCCAGUCAAUGCGAACAAUUUAUUGAAGCCCAAAAUUGUUGCAGCAGGUGGUCUGGUAGAUGGUCGAGGAGUGGCCGCCGCUCUCACCUUAGGUGCUGAGGCGGUAGUGAUGGGGACUCGGUUCCUGGCUUCUCUUGAAGUUCCUAUACCGAAAGGAUACCAGCAAGCCAUCAUCGAAGCUAGUGAUGGAGGGAUCCAUACUAUUCGCUCCGCUGUCUAUGACCGGGUACGUGGGUUCCUGUCCUGGCCACCGAAGUAUUCUCCCCGAGGAAUUGUGAACCAAACGCACACAGACUUUGUGGCCGGUAAGGUGACUGAGCAGCAAAAUUACGACCUUUACCAAAAGGCUUUGAAGAAGGGAAACCCAGGUUAUGGACCUAAUGGGCGACUAGCUACGUUUGCAGGCACUGCGGUUGGCUUGGUGAAAGAAAUUUUACCAGCAGGGGAGAUAGUUCGGAGGACAAGGAAGGAGACGGAAUCUGUUUUGAAGAUAGGUAGACUUGCAAAGCUGUAG